AUGGUCAUUGCAUUGCUUUCAAGUUUCUUCUUUUCCAUGAAAUUGAAUGCAGUCAACAAGUUGGCUCCUUCCAAAACAGGAGAAGAACAAAUCUUAGCAACAAAUUCGUCUUGCACUUUGAAUAAGGCAGCAACAACCUUAACCACAUCAUCCACCAAGGACGGUUUUGAAGAAGGUGUCAUAAACGGCUCCAAAGAGGGCGUCAAUGAUGUUGUCGGCACUGGCAAUCCUAAUACUUCCUCUCAUGUUUCCACUUUGAGAGAACAAGUUUUCAUGGUAGAAACUCAAUCGAGUAUGGCUCUCGUCCCAACCACAAGUGGCCAAACCCUUACCAAAGUACGUGAAUGUGAUGUUGAUCAGGUGGAUUCAGUUCUAAUGGAAACACAGAGUCAAGCUUCUGAUGAUGAAUCGGCUCAUUCAGGAGCUUCUAUUGAGGCACACUUACUUGCUUCUCGAUAUCGAGCAAAACAAGAGGAAUGGAACAGUGAUGAUCAUCUUGUUGAUCGAGAAAGGACGACAAUGAACGACCUUCAUGAAGAUCCCUCUCCUCAACCUUCAACACAUUUUCAAACCCACCAUGAAGAGAAUGAUGAUGGGAAUGAUGAUGCACCUGAAAUCUCUCCCGAAGAUUUGUUCUACAUUCAAAAGUAUUUACUUGUCUUGUGGCCCCUCAUACCCAUGUUCAUGUAUCAAGAUUGGACAGUCUUUACACGAUACGACACAAUUCGGUGGCUCAUGUUCAUUUGGUUCAUGGUGAUGAAUCGUUUGGUAGCCGCCGUGUUGGAAUUGUGGAGUGCCAAAGAGAUUGGAAGUUCGAAUUAUUCCAUCAUGUUUCCCAUUCGUAUUGUGAUUGGUUUGAUUCUCUCAUCCGUCGUGUUGGGAGAAUGGAUUGAUAAUUUGGUUUCCAUUUUGGGAUGUGUGGUUGUGGUGGCAGCCAUUACGGCUUUUUCCAUAAAGAAACAUAGCAAGUAG